UCAUUAGCGAUGAUUACGACUUAAAACGUCGUGAAGCUCUUGAAAGAAUUGAUAAUGCCAAAUUUGGAUGGUUUCAUAUUAGAGCAUGUAUCGUAUCCGGUGUAGGAUUUUUCACAGAUGCCUAUGAUAUUUUCGCUAUCAAUCUUGUGGCUGUAAUGUUAGGUUAUGUUUAUUUUGGGAAGAGUUCUUUACCAGGAGAUGUUGAUUUGGGUAUAAAAGUUGCAACUCCAGUUGGUACAUUUAUUGGUCAAUUCGCUUUUGGAAUAUUAGCAGAUAUCCUUGGUCGUAAAAAGUUACUGAUAAUCGUAUUUGCUACAUUUGCCUGUUGUCUUGUUGCAAAUUCCUACGUUUAUUCCCCUACUGCUUCUGCCUCUGCUCCAAAUUCUUUUGUAUCAAAUGCUUCGGUUGUCUCUGUUCAAGGCCUUAUCAUCUUCUGGCGUGUUAUUUUGGGUAUCGGAAUUGGUGGUGAUUAUCCUCUUUCUGCAGUUAUUACUAGUGAAUUCGCUACAACCAAAAGAAGAGGUGCUAUGAUGUCUGCCGUAUUUGCCAUGCAAGGAAUUGGAAUUUUAGUAGCUGCCAUAGUUUCAACUAUAACAAUUGCUGCUUUCCAUUCUACCAUUACUCCAACCGAUUAUUCACACAUUGAUUAUUGUUGGAGAAUUGUAACCGGAAUAGGUGCUGUUCCUGGUGUUGUUGCCCUUUACUUUCGACUUACAAUUCCGGAAACUCCUCGUUUUACUAUGGAUAUCGAACGUAAUGUCAAUCAGGCGGUUCAAGAUAUCAGCACUGUAUUAGAAACUGGUAAAUACAAGACUCGUGAACAGGAUGUUAUCGUUAAAGUUGAUGCUCCAAAAGCUAGUAUUUCAGAUUUCUUUAAUCAUUUUGGUAAAUUGGAAAACGGAAAAGUUUUAUUUGGAACUGCUUUUACUUGGUUUGUACUUGAUGUGGCUUUUUACGGUAUCGGUUUAAACAACAAUAUUAUUUUGAAAAGAAUCGGUUUCCUUGGGGAUGGUUCAGAUCCAUAUGAAACAUUAUUUAAAGCUUCUGUUGGUAAUAUUAUUAUUGCUUUAUUGGGAACUGUACCUGGUUAUUGGGGCAGUGUUUUGGGUGCUAUUAUUUCACAAGUUGGUUUCUUCAAACUGAAAGAUAUUGGUGGUGCACCCGGUUCAAAUGCAUUCAUGGAUCACCUGUUCAAAAUAUUUGCUGCCUUUAUGUUUGCUGGUUUAAUAGCCACUUAUUUCUGUGUACCAGAAACAAAGGGUACAUCAUUAGAAGACUUAUCAAAUGAAAAUCAAGCUGGGUUUGUCAAAAGCAAACGUUCGGAUGAUAAUUAA